AUGGGAAAAACGCAAAUAUGGGAAAAACGCAAUGGAGAAGACCGCAAAAGUGGAGAAGACCGCAAAAGUGGAGAAGACCGCAAAAGUGGAGAAGACCGCAAAAGUGGAGAAGACCGCAAAAGUGGAGAAGACCCCAAAAGUGGAGAAGACCGCAAAAGUGGAGAAGACCCCAAAAGUGGAGAAGACCCCAAAAGUGGAGAAGACCGCAAAAGUGGAGAAGACCCCAAAAGUGGAGAAGACCCCAAAAGUGGAGAAGACCCCAAAAGUGGAGAAGACCCCAAAAGUGGAGAAGACCCCAAAAGUGGAGAAGACCCCAAAAGUGGAGAAGACCCCAAAAGUGGAGAAGACCCCAAAAGUGGAGAAGACCCCAAAAGUGGAGAAGACCCCAAAAGUGGAGAAGACCCCAAAAGUGGAGAAGACCCCAAAAGUGGAGAAGACCCCAAAAGUGGAGAAGACCCCAAAAGUGGAGAAGACCCCAAAAGUGGAGAAGACCCCAAAAGUGGAGAAGACCCCAAAAGUGGAGAAGACCCCAAAAGUGGAGAAGACCCCAAAAGUGGAGAAGACCCCAAAAGUGGAGAAGACCCCAAAAGUGGAGAAGACCCCAAAAGUGGAGAAGACCCCAAAAGUGGAGAAGACCCCAAAAGUGGAGAAGACCCCAAAAGUGGAGAAGACCCCAAAAGUGGAGAAGACCCCAAAAGUGGAGAAGACCCCAAAAGUGGAGAAGACCCCAAAAGUGGAGAAGACCCCAAAAGUGGAGAAGACCCCAAAAGUGGAGAAGACCCCAAAAGUGGAGAAGACCCCAAAAGUGGAGAAGACCCCAAAAGUGGAGAAGACCCCAAAAGUGGAGAAGACCCCAAAAGUGGAGAAGACCCCAAAAGUGGAGAAGACCCCAAAAGUGGAGAAGACCCCAAAAGUGGAGAAGACCCCAAAAGUGGAGAAGACCCCAAAAGUGGAGAAGACCCCAAAAGUGGAGAAGACCCCAAAAGUGGAGAAGACCCCAAAAGUGGAGAAGACCCCAAAAGUGGAGAAGACCCCAAAAGUGGAGAAGACCCCAAAAGUGGAGAAGACCCCAAAAGUGGAGAAGACCCCAAAAGUGGAGAAGACCCCAAAAGUGGAGAAGACCCCAAAAGUGGAGAAGACCCCAAAAGUGGAGAAGACCCCAAAAGUGGAGAAGACCCCAAAAGUGGAGAAGACCCCAAAAGUGGAGAAGACCCCAAAAGUGGAGAAGACCCCAAAAGUGGAGAAGACCCCAAAAGUGGAGAAGACCCCAAAAGUGGAGAAGACCCCAAAAGUGGAGAAGACCCCAAAAGUGGAGAAGACCCCAAAAGUGGAGAAGACCCCAAAAGUGGAGAAGACCCCAAAAGUGGAGAAGACCCCAAAAGUGGAGAAGACCCCAAAAGUGGAGAAGACCCCAAAAGUGGAGAAGACCCCAAAAGUGGAGAAGACCCCAAAAGUGGAGAAGACCCCAAAAGUGGAGAAGACCCCAAAAGUGGAGAAGACCCCAAAAGUGGAGAAGACCCCAAAAGUGGAGAAGACCCCAAAAGUGGAGAAGACCCCAAAAGUGGAGAAGACCCCAAAAGUGGAGAAGACCCCAAAAGUGGAGAAGACCCCAAAAGUGGAGAAGACCCCAAAAGUGGAGAAGACCCCAAAAGUGGAGAAGACCCCAAAAGUGGAGAAGACCCCAAAAGUGGAGAAGACCCCAAAAGUGGAGAAGACCCCAAAAGUGGAGAAGACCCCAAAAGUGGAGAAGACCCCAAAAGUGGAGAAGACCCCAAAAGUGGAGAAGACCCCAAAAGUGGAGAAGACCCCAAAAGUGGAGAAGACCCCAAAAGUGGAGAAGACCCCAAAAGUGGAGAAGACCCCAAAAGUGGAGAAGACCCCAAAAGUGGAGAAGACCCCAAAAGUGGAGAAGACCCCAAAAGUGGAGAAGACCCCAAAAGUGGAGAAGACCCCAAAAGUGGAGAAGACCCCAAAAGUGGAGAAGACCCCAAAAGUGGAGAAGACCCCAAAAGUGGAGAAGACCCCAAAAGUGGAGAAGACCCCAAAAGUGGAGAAGACCCCAAAAGUGGAGAAGACCCCAAAAGUGGAGAAGACCCCAAAAGUGGAGAAGACCCCAAAAGUGGAGAAGACCCCAAAAGUGGAGAAGACCCCAAAAGUGGAGAAGACCCCAAAAGUGGAGAAGACCCCAAAAGUGGAGAAGACCCCAAAAGUGGAGAAGACCCCAAAAGUGGAGAAGACCCCAAAAGUGGAGAAGACCCCAAAAGUGGAGAAGACCCCAAAAGUGGAGAAGACCCCAAAAGUGGAGAAGACCCCAAAAGUGGAGAAGACCCCAAAAGUGGAGAAGACCCCAAAAGUGGAGAAGACCCCAAAAGUGGAGAAGACCCCAAAAGUGGAGAAGACCCCAAAAGUGGAGAAGACCCCAAAAGUGGAGAAGACCCCAAAAGUGGAGAAGACCCCAAAAGUGGAGAAGACCCCAAAAGUGGAGAAGACCCCAAAAGUGGAGAAGACCCCAAAAGUGGAGAAGACCCCAAAAGUGGAGAAGACCCCAAAAGUGGAGAAGACCCCAAAAGUGGAGAAGACCCCAAAAGUGGAGAAGACCCCAAAAGUGGAGAAGACCCCAAAAGUGGAGAAGACCCCAAAAGUGGAGAAGACCCCAAAAGUGGAGAAGACCCCAAAAGUGGAGAAGACCCCAAAAGUGGAGAAGACCCCAAAAGUGGAGAAGACCCCAAAAGUGGAGAAGACCCCAAAAGUGGAGAAGACCCCAAAAGUGGAGAAGACCCCAAAAGUGGAGAAGACCCCAAAAGUGGAGAAGACCCCAAAAGUGGAGAAGACCCCAAAAGUGGAGAAGACCCCAAAAGUGGAGAAGACCCCAAAAGUGGAGAAGACCCCAAAAGUGGAGAAGACCCCAAAAGUGGAGAAGACCCCAAAAGUGGAGAAGACCCCAAAAGUGGAGAAGACCCCAAAAGUGGAGAAGACCCCAAAAGUGGAGAAGACCCCAAAAGUGGAGAAGACCCCAAAAGUGGAGAAGACCCCAAAAGUGGAGAAGACCCCAAAAGUGGAGAAGACCCCAAAAGUGGAGAAGACCCCAAAAGUGGAGAAGACCCCAAAAGUGGAGAAGACCCCAAAAGUGGAGAAGACCCCAAAAGUGGAGAAGACCCCAAAAGUGGAGAAGACCCCAAAAGUGGAGAAGACCCCAAAAGUGGAGAAGACCCCAAAAGUGGAGAAGACCCCAAAAGUGGAGAAGACCCCAAAAGUGGAGAAGACCCCAAAAGUGGAGAACACCCCAAAAGUGGAGAACACCCCAAAAGUGGAGAAGACCCCAAAAGUGGAGAACACCCCAAAAGUGGAGAACACCCCAAAAGUGGAGAACACCCCAAAAGUGGAGAACACCCCAAAAGUGGAGAACACCCCAAAAGUGGAGAACACCCCAAAAGUGGAGAACACCCCAAAAGUGGAGAACACCCCAAAAGUGGAGAACACCCCAAAAGUGGAGAACACCCCAAAAGUGGAGAACACCCCAAAAGUGGAGAACACCCCAAAAGUGGAGAACACCCCAAAAGUGGAGAACACCCCAAAAGUGGAGAACACCCCAAAAGUGGAGAACACCCCAAAAGUGGAGAACACCCCAAAAGUGGAGAACACCCCAAAAGUGGAGAACACCCCAAAAGUGGAGAACACCCCAAAAGUGGAGAACACCGCAAAAGUGGAGAACACCGCAAAAGUGGAGAACACCGCAAAAGUGGAGAACACCAGCUCAGCAACAAGGAUGGUCUGAAUAUUGUUAUCUUAUAUGUGUAA